AUGACCUGCGCUCACCUCCUCUUCCAACCCAGCCACCUCCGUGAGCACUGCUCCUCCCUCCUCCUCUUUGGUCUCGGCCGUCUGCUAUCAUGCGAGGCUGGCUCCUCCCUGCUCCACGACAUGGAGAUUCCAGACCUUCUCCUCAGUCUCAUUGUCGGUGGCAGCGGUGUUGGCCAGGAUCUGUCGGCUCUGAAGCUCCCAAAUCUCCUGAAAAAUCUCCAUAAACAGCGUCUCCUUUGCGCCAAAUUUCUCCUCCCCUCGAUGAGCUACACUGGCAGCGGUUUUGGAUACAGCCUCCUUGCCACCAUCUGCUCUUCCGGUCACACCGCGCUACGUCUGUUUGCCGUGAAAUUCAUCCGCCUCCUCCUCCGACUCAACAUCCCUUCUACGGCGAUUUGGCUUGUCUCCCUACUGCUCAACCUAUCCUGUGAUCGAAGUCCUAAGGUGUUUCACGAAGCUAUUUCAGUUCUGGAGGAGGCAUGUCUCAAUCCGAUGUAUCUGCAAGCCCUGCUCGACUACAUGCAGACAGAUGAUAGACAUAGUGGCAAGCGGUGCUGCACGGCCUUCCCCAGUCCCCUGUUGCGACUCCUAUCCAUCGGCAGUCUGUCCAGUCAACGCGUUAUCGCCUGUCUCCUCGCCAAGUCUGCGUGGAUGUUCAAGGUCGUUUCGACCCCGAAACCGGUCGCCUUACGAUCUCCACUCGCAGUGUAUCCGGGUGGCGGAAUCAAUGGCACACUGUUAGAGUGUAUUCUACGCGCAUGGAUGGAUAUAUACAACGAACAAUAUGCGGAGAGCAUCGAGAGCCGUCUUAUGAAUAGCUUCCGCCUGCCGUCGUUGCAAAAUCACUGUGAUUCCACCACCGAGCUUUGUCCCAGAUUCCUCCAGCAUUGUCCAGCCUGUAACCACCAACUCAGCAGGGACUACGAGACUGACAAGAGAAGCACUGAAGUUGAAGACGAGUUGGAGGAGGAUCUCUUUCUCGAUCAUCAAAGCAAUCGACUCUUCUUCAGCCACUUGGAUGAGGUCGCAGGGGCGGAAGUAGGGCUGGGGACCGAGGAGGAGGAAAGGGGGAGUAAGGAGGUGACUUUUGACCUCUCACCGGUGGCCGUUCAACUCUUCUAUCGGAACAAUGGCUCUCUCUUUGUCCCACUACAUCUUUUCUAUUGUCUGGCGCUUCAAGAGACCGGCUUUCGUGUGCUUAGGGACAACGGCUAUCUUACGAACCUUGCUGAUGCGUUGUCUCGGAGCUGCCAUCCAGCUACCGAUGACAGUGAUGAAAGUCAUUGCGCUGCGACACAUGUUAAGGCCGCAAUUUGGGCCCUGGCUAGUAUUCUCGUCACUCCUUACGGCUCUCGAUGGGCACGGGCUCCAGCCGUACUCCAAGAUAUCUUUUGGCUCAUUGCCAACGCCGAUUCUCUUUCCGUCCGUGGAACCGCCUGGUUGGGAGUCUGUUUCGUAGCCUCCUCAGUAUGUGGCGGCAGACUUCUGCGUCCAUGGAUGGUUGGAAGUGGAGAAAGAGGGGGAAUGAAUGCAGGGGUGAAGAUGGCGACCGAGGACGCUUGGCUGCUGAGCGCAACUGACCGCGAUGCGCAUAUGUGGCCCCUGCUUGAGCGUCGCGUCCUCUGUCUCAAUUCACAGGCCUCUAAGAGAGCGAUAGAGGUUAGGCAGGCCCCCUUGGCGUCCCCUAGACCUCCAUCAACAAAUGAGAUCGCUUCUCUUCACACAGGUGGCCAUGGAAGGCCUCAGAUGACUUUCAACGUGCACCAUCAAGACACUCACCUAAGUGUCUUCUCUUUGGGUUGUAUUAACGAUUCAGCGGAUUCUAACCUCGUCACUGCUUCUACUACCACUGGCACUGUUGCAGCGGCAGUGAUCACUACUUCACCCUCCGCACACUCUCCGGCCUCUCCCAUGGAAAACACCAAGACAGCACGUUCGAAGGGUCACUUCCUGCGCCCAAUGCGGUGGAUUGCUCGGCGUGCCAUCCAUUCACUCCGAGGACAACACGGUGGGGCUGGUAAUAGUGGGUGUGGCGUUGACUUCAAUCUGCCUACUGAUCAUGACAAUGGCGAUGGACUUGAGACAGCAGUGAUGGUUGGGGAGGGUAGGGAAAGGACUGUCUCUAUUACCUCGGCAACCUCUGGUCAUGUUGUUGGUGAUGGUAACUCCGCUAUGGUUCAGUCUCUUUCCAGUCCCAGCUGGUUUCACUCUGCGCACGCCUCCGAUCCUGCCACGUGA